GCUUUAAGAAGCUCAUGUAAAGCUACACUAGUUGGGGGAUAUUUCCACAUCAAACACACAGAGGAUGUCAAACUUGGGGCAGUUUGAGUCUGAUUUUUAUCAAUCUAAUUAUACCAUUGAUAAUCAAGAGCCGAGUUGUAAUGAUUCUAAUGCCCAUGGACACCUCUACGGACGUGGAAAACAAGCGGAUGCUCAGCCUCAGCCUGCCUCUUUUGUUCCACCAGAAAUGCUCAUGCCACCAGAUUACGCAGGACAAUUUUUUCAGCCAGCUUCCACCUCGGAUUAUUAUUCACAAUCUUCUUCCAUUGGCAGUUUUGACGAAGAGCCUCCUUUGCUAGAAGAACUUGGAAUCAAUUUUGAUCACAUAUGGCAAAAAACCUUGACGGUGUUAAACCCAAUGAAACCAGCAGAUGGCAGCAUUAUGAACGAAACGGACCUCACUGGGCCCAUCCUGUUUUGCAUUGCUCUGGCAGCCACCCUGCUUCUGGCAGGCAAAGUCCAGUUUGGUUACGUGUACGGCAUGAGUGCCGUAGGCUGCCUUGGUGUUUAUGCCUUACUGAACCUGAUGAGCUCUUCCGGGGUGUCCUACGGCUGUGUGGCCAGCGUGCUGGGGUACUGCCUGCUGCCCAUGGUCAUCCUGUCCGGCUGCGCCGUCUUCUUCUCCCUGCAGGGCACCCUUGGCACCGUGUCAGCCCUGGUCAUCGUUGGCUGGUGCAGCCUCUCGGCUUCCAAGAUCUUCACGUCAGCCUUGGACAUGGAGGGGCAGCAGCUUCUGAUCGCGUACCCCUGUGCCUUGCUCUACGGACUUUUUGCCCUCCUGACAGUUUUCUGAAGAACGUUUAAGGUGGCCUUCCGAGAUUCUGAUUCGUUUGCUGUUCGGAUCAUCUCGGAAAUGUAUUCGUAUUCGAAGUUGGUGGUGUCCUUUCUGUCUUAACUGCUGUCGAGAGAAUCAUAAGCAGAGAGACAAAACAGCACUUAAGGAUGGUUCCCUAAUAGCCUAUUGGUUUCAAUGAUGUUUUGCUUUUCAGUUUGGUGCAUUAAAACAUUUAAAAAUGCUUAGUAAAAAGAGACGUUGGCUGCUGUACUGAUGGACCCUACUUUUCUCAAUAGAUGUAUUUCUGAGAAAUUAUAAGUAAAUAAGAUCGUAUGCUUACCGAUUAAAGGAAAUCUCUAAUAAGCCUUUUGAAAAAAAAUUCAUGGCAGCUCAAGCUGUGUGCAAUGUGGGUUAAAAAUUGCACUGUUUAGCACCUUUGGAGACUUCAGGGGUAUGUUAUACAGGGUUUUUAUUUACGUGAAGAGUCAAAGAACCUCCUGUCUUUCAAUUCACUUACUUUAAUAAUGGUUGUUUGGUCUCAUUUAGAUAAUGCAUUGACUCACUACUUUUCCAAGCCCUCACUUCCUUCUUACUUAGUUAAGAUGCCAUGGUCCAUUACUAUAAUUUCUCCCUUGCGUAUGCCAUCAGCAACCUUGCCAUUUUCUCCCUAAGUAGAUGAAUGUCACUAGAGAAAAUCCCACUUAUUUCACAUUUAUUGUAUUACCAUAUCUCAAAUGGCUCCUCGAUACUACCCGUGAGUCCUACUACAUUCUCCUACUAAAUUUGCUUCCAUACCAGACUUUAUUAGAUUGUUGAUAUUUGAGCUUUCUAUUUUUUUUGGA